GGUUAGUCCAGUCUCGCGGCUACUUCGCCCGCGGAUAGUCGCGGACGCGUGUCACAGUGUCACGCUAUUGUCGGUGUUUAGUUGGCCCUCUUUAUUUUCUGUUAUAUCGUGAUUUCCAAGACAAACCUUCAAAAUGGAUCCCGAAGCGUUCUUAGACCUGGCUAACCAGGUCAUAAAACUUAAAAUGUACCCAUAUUUCGACAUAGCGCAUUCAUUAUUAUGUGCUCUUGCAGUCAGAGAAGAUUUGGGGGCUGGUGCGCAGGCGUUCUCCCGCAAGCACCCGCUGUCGUGCUGGCUGUCCACCAUGCUGGUGAUCUUCGCGGGCGGCAUGGUGGUCAACGGCUUGCUGGGGGAACCUAUCCUGGCGCCAUUGAAGAACUCGCCGCAACUUGUCAUCGGCACUGUCACAUGGUACAUAGUGUUCUACACGCCGUUCGACGUCGGAUACAAAGUGGCCAAGUUCUUGCCGGUGAAGAUAGUAGCAUCAGCUAUGAAGGAGAUCUACAGAGCCAAGAAGGUCUAUGAUGGAGUCUCCCACGCCGGCAAGCUGUAUCCCAACGCUUACGUCAUUAUGAUCAUAGUUGGCACAUUGAAGGGCAAUGGAGCCGGAUUCACCAAGUUAGUCGAGAGGCUGAUCCGGGGAGCCUGGACGCCGACUGCCAUGGAGACCAUGCAACCUAGCUUCUACACCAAGGCCUCGCUGGUGGCCUCCAUCAUCUUCGUGCUGGACAAGAAGACCGACCUGAUCUCCGCGCCGCACGCGCUCGUGUACUUCGGCAUUGUCAUCUUCUUCGUAUACUUCAAGCUGUCGUCCAUACUGCUGGGCAUCCACGACCCGUUCGUGCCGUUCGAGAACCUGUUCUGCGCGCUGUUCCUGGGCGGCGUGUGGGACUCGCUGGCGCGGCUGCUGGGCCGCGGGCAGCCCAAGGAGGAGACCAAGGACGCCAAAAAGACUAAUUAGGCCGCGCGAUACUCUUUCCUUUCGCAGGAUAUACUGGUAUCUACGCUUCGUGAUCAACUGACACCGACAAUACAAUGCGAGCGCUUCCUAUAAAGCCAAAUAAAAUUUAAAAAAUAUAAAAAAA